UGCGCACCACAGCUGACCCCUCCGGUUCAUGCGCGUAAUGCCACGUUAGUAGCGGCAGACACAAGACACUAGCUUCACUUGUAACUAAAAGAAGGGGAAAACACCGACCAAGUGGAAUUCCAAGUCCAAGCACUCGCUGUCUUUUGUUCAUUUUUUCCUACUAUAGCUUCUCGCCAGCAACUAUGUUCAAGCUUUUUCUACUGUGCGCCCUGGCUGUGGCCGUCAGAUCCGAAGUCCCCGAGGAAGAUGACGUCCUGGUGCUAAAGAAAAGUAACUUCGAGGAGGCAUUGCAAGCGCACCCCAACAUCCUCGUUGAAUUCUACGCCCCAUGGUGCGGCCACUGCAAGGCCCUGGUGCCGGAGUACGCCAAGGCCGCCGGCAUGCUGAAGGCCGAGGGCUCGGCCAUCCGCCUGGGGAAGGUGGACGCCACGGAGGAGACGGAGCUCGCCCAGGAGUACGGCGUGCGGGGGUACCCCACCAUCAAGUUCUUCAAGGGCGGGGACAAGGAGGCGCCAAAGGAGUACUCGGCGGGCAGGCAGGCCGACGACAUCGUCAACUGGCUGAAGAAGCGCACAGGUCCAGCCGUGACCUCCCUGACCGAGGUCACAGAGGCCGAGGCCAUGAUCGCCAACAACGAGGUCGCCAUCAUCGGCUUCUUCAAGGAUGCCGAGUCUGAGGACGCCAAGGCCUUUGAGCGGGCCGCAGAGUCCAUUGAUGAAAUCCCCUUCGCUGUGACCUCUGAUGAAGCCAUCUUCUCCAAGUUCGAGGUGUCCAAGGACGGGAUUGUUCUCUUCAAGAAGUUCGACGAGGGCCGCAACACCUUCGACGGAGAGAUGACCAAGGAGAACAUCCUGGCCUUCAUCAAGACCAACCAGCUGCCCCUGGUCAUCGAGUUCACCGAGCAGACCGCCCCCAAAAUCUUCGGAGGAGAAAUCAAGUCCCACAUCCUGAUGUUUGUGCCUAAGACGGCCGCUGACUUCGAGGACAAAAUGACCGAGUUCAAGAAGGCCGCAGAGGGCUUCAAGGGCAAGAUCCUGUUCAUCUUCAUCGACAGCGAGGUGGAGGACAACCAGCGCAUCCUGGAGUUCUUCGGGCUGAAGAAGGAGGAGUGCCCGGCCAUCCGCCUCAUCACCCUGGAGGACGAGAUGACCAAGUUCAAGCCCGACAGCGAGCUCAUCAACGCCGAGAGCAUCACCGCCUUCUGCACGCGCUUCACCGAGGGAAAGCUCCGGCCCCACCUCAUGAGCCAGGACAUCCCCGAAGACUGGAACAAAACCCCCGUCAGCGUGCUGGUGGGCAAGAACUUCGAGGAGGUCGUCUUCGACCCCACCAAGAACGUCUUCGUGGAGUUCUACGCGCCAUGGUGCGGACACUGCAAACAGCUGGCCCCCAUCUGGGACCAACUGGGAGAGAAGUACCCAGAGGGCUCCGACACCAUCAUCGCCAAGAUGGACUCCACGGCCAACGAGAUCGAGAGCGUCAAAGUGCACAGCUUCCCCACACUCAAGUACUUCCCUGCGGGAGACGAGCGCAAGGUGAUCGACUACAACGGGGAGCGGACGAUGGAGGGCUUCACCAAGUUCUUGGAGAGCGGAGGCAAGGAUGGCGGUGCGCCAGCGGGAGAGGAGGAGGAGGAGGGGGACUUGGAUUUGGACGGGGAAGGCGAGCAGGAGGAGGAGGACUCAGAUGGCGAGGGCGGUCACGACCACGACGAGUUUUAAGCGGUGGCCUGAGGAGAGACGAGUCCUGUGCCCCCCCCCCCC